AUGCUAUCUCGGGAUUUGGCAUCGCGUUGCCCAAGAACAAACACGUAUCACAAACCGGGACUGAUUACCUUUCUUUCACUUGCAAUCGAGCCAUAUCGGUUUGAUCUCUUUGGUCCAUCUUGGCUGCAUCUCCACACUCAGGAGCAUGCGAUGCUUGUCGAACGCGUAACCGAAUGGCAUCCGCACCAUUCGGCAUUUAUUUUACUUUUUCUGGUGAACGCUGACUUGGAUGAGCUGUAUGUCACGCCGAAAAAUGACAAAUCUGCACGAAAUUUUGCAGCCCCACAACGAUCCCGUGCAUCACGGAUGACUACUGAAUCCAAUUCAGCACCGCCACGACCCGUUUCGGAGCAUCACGGACGCGCUAAUGCUGCUCGUCGUGUUCUCAACCGACUAUAUGAUGGGAGGCGUGGUCCGUUGUUGAGACAAAUGCAGUCUCUUGCUGAAGCCUACGUGGAAUGGGCCAAUGCGGAUGUGGACGCGCACAAAGGUAACACAGAUGCUGUUGCCUUGCCGUCCAACUGCAAACUACAGCGAUUUGUGGUCUCCACCCGCCAUGGUGCUUCCGCGUCCAAUGAAAGUCUUGAUUUGGUCGCAGUGCCAACGGCCACUUUGCGAAUAGACCGUUCCGGUGAAUAUCCCCCAUCGAGUUUCGUACGUAUCGCUGGAUUCGCUCCAAAGUUCCGUCUCGCUGGCGGAAUCAAUUUGCCCAAGAUCGUCACCUGCCUUGGCACAGAUGGUCGUGAACGACGUCAGUUGGUCAAAGGGAAAGACGACCCGAGACAAGACGCUGUGAUGCAACAGGUUUUCGCAGCCGCGAACCGUUUGCUCUCAAAACGUGGCUCGCAUCAGAUUCCAGGUGCUCGCACAUCGUACUCCCCGAACUCGGACUCAUCCCAGAAUUGCAGCUGGAUGGAUAUCGAUGGCGGAUUGCGUAUUCACACUUACAAAGUCAUUCCGAUGGCCCAACGCACUGGAGUCAUUGAAUGGUGUGAAAACACGGUUCCCCUCGGUGAGUGGCUAGCAGCAGAUCGAUCUGGAGCACAUCAACGCUAUCGUCCACGAGAUAUGCCCCCUGGGCAAGCGAGACAAAAACUGGCGGCAGUUCGCGACCGACCACCAGAGCGUCGUCGAGUGGUGUUCGAUGAGAUUUGUGAAAAACUCAGCCCCGUUCUUGCUUACUUUUAUUUGGAAAAUUUCCGUGAUCCCCAGUCGUGGUGUCGCGCUCGCUACGCAUACACGCGAUCGUUGGCUGCGUCCAGCCUCGUUGGAUACCUGGUCGGUUUAGGGGAUCGCCAUCCACAAAAUCUCUUACUACAUCGAAGCUCAGGUGAACUGAUUCACAUCGAUUUGGGUGUAGCAUUUGACCAGGGUCGUCUGCUUCCAACUCCCGAAGCGGUCCCUUUCCGACUCACACGGGAUCUAGUCCAUGCACUCGGACCUCUCGGACUGGAAGGCGCAUUCAUCCCAGCGGCUGAAAUCGUGUUGACUGAGCUUCGAAAUGCCAGCGACGUGAUAUUGACUCUGUUACAAGUUCUUCUUCACGAUCCAUUGUACUCCUGGUCUAUGACACCAACACAGUUGUGUGCGCUGGAAGCUCGUCGUGCGGAGUUUGCCUCCAGGCCCAUGCAGUCUAACGCCGCCGCUAAUCGUAGUGUCCUUACUGAUCAGACAAAUCUGCCCGGUGAUCUCGGUCGACAGACUCUUAGUUUGGUGGUCAGUGUUGCUGACCUAUCGGGACGCUCGGUGAUGGAUACAACCACAGAGAACGCAGUGGCCCGCGUUCCCUUUGCAACCGCAGGAGGCCGAGAACCAUUGAAUCAACUUGCCGAGCGUGUGUUGCUCAAUGUUCGUGGUAAGCUGGAAGGUCGUGUCACCGGGAACUUGGCCGCAUCAUCUUCGGAGCAUCGCAAAUGCGGUGGUCUGGAUCAGCUCGACGUCUCUGGUCACGUGAGCCUUCUGGUGCGUUCAGCCACCGAUCGAUCAAACCUGUCACGCAUGUACUUCGGCUGGCAAGCCUAUCUUUGAUGCUGCUGCAUUCAUACAUUCCCUUGAUCUUUCGCUCUCAGUCCCGGUGCAUUUGUAUCAUCCCGAUGUACAUUUUCUCUCCACUGUCAUUGUGUGUUUGUCAUACCGAAUGUGCUUUUCUUUUCGCAUGUGUUCCACUGCCUACUUUUCGGUCCAGGCUACGGUCAUGCCGCAUUUUUUGUAACAAUUGUUCAGAAGUCAAGCAUCAAUCACAG